AUGGCGUCGUCUAGUGGUGGCGUUACACGUUCAGGUGUGAAAAAGUAUGCACAAAAAUACUGUAAAGAAUGGGAGUAUGAUCCAAAUUUAAAAGUAAUGAUGCAAGAAAUGAUAUCAGAUGUUGGUGAUGCUGCAUAUUCACUUAUUGUAGAUGAAACUACGGACAUAUCAACAGAUAAAAUUCUGUGCAUAAUGAUACGUGAUAAUGUCGAUCCAGCGAAACUGUUAGAAGACUUGUUUUUGCUAUUCAAAAAUAUCCUACAAAUUAUUGUCAUACCUCGCAAAACCUUUGUUGUUAUUUUGUGUUCCGAAUUACAGAAAAGUUUGCCAAAACAGAUCACAUUCCUUAAAGCCAUGGUGAAGUUGUCUCCAGAAAUAGCCACUUUUCAAGUGAAACCUACAUUAGUUGACAUACUACAAACAAAAUGUUCAAAGGGCUGA